CCCGGGUCUCCCCCUAUUUGGCCCGCGCGGCAGGGCUCUGGGCGGGGCCGGAGGAGCGCGGGGGUGGGAGGCCCGAGGAAGAUGCGCGGAGUUGGCUGCGAGGCCGAGCGCGGAAGGCGGAGGGGUGGGGAUCUUGGGUGGGCUGCCCCCUCCGCCCUGACCCGUUCCACGCCCCGCGGAAAGCGGGCGCUGCCAGUCGAAUCGCUCCCCUUUCAGGAGGGAAGGGGGAUCAAGGUAACUAGCCCCUUUCUGCUUAAAAAAGCCAAAGGAGAUCGUGGGUAGCUUGCAGCCGCUCCGUCCCACUCCUGGACCAUGCACCCCUGCAUCUUCCUGCUCGGCCACGGGCGAGGACUUGAUUUCUUGAGCUGAGAGCUAAACCUCGUCGACUUUUCUUCUCCCCAACAACUGAAUCAUGCCAUGUGCCCAGAGGAGCUGGCUUGCAAACCUCUCCGUUGUAGCUCACCUCCUUAACUUUGGGGCCCUUUGCUAUGGGACACAAGCUCAGCCAGGCCCGGUGCACUUCCCGGACAGGAGGCAAGCGCAUUUUGUCAAGGCCCUGCCAGAAUAUCACGUGGUGGCUCCUGUCCGCGUAGAUGCCAGUGGGCAUUUUCUAUCACAUGGCCUGCGCCAUCCCAUCACCAGCGACAGGAGGAAGAGAGAUUUGGAUGGCCCAGAGGAUCGGGUGUACUAUAGAAUUUCCCACGAGGAGAAGGACCUGUUCUUCAACUUGUCAGUCAAUCAGGGAUUUCUUUCCAAAAGCUAUAUCGUGGAGAGGAGAUACGGAAAUCUUUCCCGUGUUAAGAUGGUGGCUUCCUCGGCACCCCCCUGCCAUCUCAGGGGCACAGUUCUGCAACAGGGCACCAGAAUCGGGGUUGCAGCACUCAGUGCCUGCCAGGGACUGACUGGAUUUUUCCAUCUACCGCAUGGAGACUUCUUCAUUGAGCCUGUCAAAAAGCAUCCACUGACUGAGGGAGAGUACCACCCACACAUCAUUUACAGGAGGCAGAGUCAGAGAGCUCCAGAGCAGAGGGAACCAACCUGCGGAUUAAAGGACAGUCUUGCCACCUCCCAGACACUAGAGCAACAGCGAGAAAAGUGGGAGAGGAACCACUGGCCCAGCAGAGGCCUGUCUCGGCGUUCCAUCAGUAAAGAGCGAUGGGUGGAGACACUGGUGGUGGCUGACACGAAGAUGAUUGAGUAUCAUGGGAGUGACAAUGUGGAGUCCUAUAUCCUCACCAUCAUGAACAUGGUCACUGGGUUGUUCCAUAACCCAAGUAUUGGCAAUGCAAUUCACAUUGUUGUGGUUCGGCUCAUUCUACUUGAAGAAGAAGAGCAAGGAUUGAAAAUAGUUCACCAUGCAGAGAAGACACUGUCCAGCUUCUGUAAGUGGCAGAAGAGCAUCAAUCCCAAGAGUGACCUUAACCCUGCCCAUCAUGACGUGGCCGUCCUCCUCACCAGAAAAGACAUCUGUGCUAGUGUCAAUCGCCCCUGUGAGACUUUGGGUCUGUCCCACCUGUCAGGAAUGUGCCAGCCUCACCGGAGCUGUAACAUCAAUGAAGACUCUGGACUCCCUCUGGCUUUCACAAUUGCCCAUGAGCUCGGACACAGCUUUGGCAUCCAGCAUGACGGGAAGGAAAAUGACUGUGAGCCCGUGGGCAGGCACCCAUACAUCAUGUCCCGCCAGCUCCAGUACAAUCCCACCCCACUGACGUGGUCCAAGUGCAGCAAGGAGUAUAUCACCCGCUUCCUGGAUCGAGGCUGGGGGUUCUGUCUCGAUGACAUGCCCCAGAAGAAAGGCUUGAAGUCCAAGGUCAUUGCUCCUGGAGUGAUCUAUGAUGUUCAUCAUCAAUGCCAGCUGCAGUAUGGCCCCAAUGCCACCUUCUGCCAGGAAGUAGAAAAUGUCUGCCAGACUCUGUGGUGCUCAGUGAAAGGCUUUUGUCGCUCUAAGCUGGACGCUGCUGCAGAUGGGACACGAUGUGGUGAGAAGAAGUGGUGUAUGGCUGGCAAAUGUAUCACAGUGGGGAAGAAACCAGAGAGCAUUGCUGGAGGCUGGGGCCGCUGGUCAUCCUGGUCCCACUGUUCUAGGACCUGUGGGGCCGGAGCCCAGAGUGCAGAGAGGCUCUGCAACAACCCUGAACCAAAGUUUGGAGGGAAGUACUGCACCGGAGAAAGAAAACGCUAUCGCUUGUGCAACGUCCACCCCUGUCGCCCAGAUGCACCAACAUUUCGGCAGAUGCAAUGCAGUGAGUUUGACACCGUUCCCUACAAGAAUGAAUUAUACCACUGGUUUCCAGUUUUUAAUCCAGCACAUCCUUGUGAGCUCUACUGCCGACCCAUAGAUGGCCAGUUUUCCGAGAAAAUGCUGGAUGCUGUCAUUGAUGGUACCCCUUGCUUUGAAGGCGGCAACAGCAGAAAUGUCUGUAUUAAUGGCAUAUGUAAGAUGGUUGGCUGUGACUAUGAGAUCGGCUCCAAUGCCACGGAGGAUCGCUGCGGUGUGUGCCUUGGGGAUGGCUCUGCCUGCCAGACUGUGAAGAAGAUGUUUAAACAGAAAGAAGGAUCUGGUUAUGUUGACAUUGGACUGAUUCCAAAAGGAGCAAGGGACAUAAGGGUAAUGGAGGUUGAAGGAGCUGGAAACUUUUUGGCCAUCAGGAGUGAAGACCCCAAAAAAUAUUACCUCAAUGGAGGAUUUAUUAUCCAGUGGAAUGGAAACUACAAGCUGGCAGGGACCAUCUUCCAAUAUGACAGGAAAGGAGACCUGGAGAAACUGAUGGCCACAGGUCCUACCAAUGAGUCAGUGUGGAUCCAGCUUCUGUUCCAGGUGACUAACCCUGGCAUCAAAUAUGAGUAUACAAUCCGGAAAGAUGGCCUUGACAAUGACGUGGAAAAACUGGUGUACUUCUGGCAGUAUGGCCACUGGACAGAGUGCAGCGUAACAUGUGGGACAGGUAUCCGCCGCCAGACUGCCCGUUGUGUGAAGAAGGGCCACGGGAUGGUGAAAGCUACCUUUUGUGACCCAGAAACACAGCCCAACGGGAGACAGAAGAAGUGCUAUGAAAAGGACUGUCCACCCAGGUGGUGGGCCGGGGAGUGGGAAGCAUGCUCAGCAACAUGUGGGCCCCACGGAGAGAAGAAGCGAACAGUGCUGUGCGUCCAGACCAUGGGCUCUGAUGAGCAGGCUCUUCCAGCUAAAGACUGCCAGCACCUGCUGAAGCCUAAGACCCUCAUUUCCUGCAACAGAGACAUCUUGUGUCCAUCAGACUGGACAGUAGGCAACUGGAGUGAGUGUUCUGUUUCCUGUGGUGGUGGAGUGCGGAUUCGCAGUGUCACGUGCGCCAAGAACCAUGAUGAACCUUGUGACGCAACAAGGAAACCCAAUAGCCGGGCUCUUUGUGGCCUCCAGCAAUGCCCAUCUAGCCGAAGAGUUCUGAAGCCCAACAAAGGCACAAUUUCCAGUGGGAGAAAGCCACCAACAUCUGGGCAGGACCCCUUAAAGCCCAUCCCUCCAACCACAUCCAGUCCCAGAACACUGAGCACACCCACAGUGCCCCAGUCUGUGAGUACAAGUGCCCUGGCCAUCAGCAGCCCCGGUCCUACCCCAGAUCCCAAAGAAGGAGACCUGGAUGGGAAAUGGUGGCAGAACAGUUCAAACCAAACUGAACUGGGCUCCAAUUAUGUCAUUUCCACUGGAAGUACUUCCCAGCCCAUCAUCACUUCCUGGCCUUUGAGUGUCCAGCCAAAUGAAGAGAAUGUUCCCAAUUCAGACACUGGUCCUACCUCAGAGGGAGACUUUUUAACCACGACAAUGAGUGGUACUGAUUUGCCAUCUUCCAGCAGCCCUGUGACUUGGCAGGUGACUCCAUUUUAUGAUACCUUGACCAAAGAGCCAGAAAUGGAGAUUCACAGUGGCUCAGGGGAAGACAGUGAACAAGCUAAGGACAAAAAUGAAAACAACUCCGUAACGUGGACCAAAAUCAGAGUACCUGGAAAUGAUGCUUCCGUGGUGCAAAGCACAGAAAUGCCCCUUGGACCCCCACCAACACCUUCUUUCAGGGGGCCGUCCGUGUGGCCACCCUUCAGCACGGUGAUGGAAGGACUGCUACCCAGCCAAAGGCCUGCUACUCUCAAAAAUGGUGCACCUGGAGCUGAGGGGAUGUUCACUGAAAAGCCAGCAAACACUCCAUUCCCUCUGGGAGGAGACCACCAGUCAGAAUCCUCAGAACGUUCCAUAAACCAUGACCCCCCAGAACUUCCAAGCAACAUGAAUCUGACGCAGAGUUCCGGACCAGUCCUGACUGAGGAAGAUGCAAAAAGUCUGAUAGCUGAGGGGUUUUUGCUAAAUGCUUCCAAUUACAAGCAGGUGUCCACAAGCAGCAGCCCUGCAUACUGGGUUGUUGGAAACUGGAGUGAGUGCUCCACCACCUGUGGUCUGGGGGCCUACUGGAGAAGCGUGGAAUGCAGCACCCAGAGGGAUUCCGACUGUGCUGCCCUUCAGAGGCCUGACCCUGCCAAGAGAUGCCACCUUCGUCCCUGCGCCAGCUGGAAAGUGGGGAACUGGAGCAAGUGCUCCAGAAACUGCAGCGGGGGCUUCCAGAUCCGGGAGAUUCAAUGUGUGGACAGCGGGGACCACCGGAGCCUGAGGCCAUUUCACUGCCAGUUCCUGGCCGGCAUUCCUCCCCCGCGGAGCAUGAGCUGUAACAUGGAGCCCUGUGAGGAGUGGCAGGUGGAGCCCUGGAGCCAGUGUUCCAGGUCCUGUGGAGGUGGAGUUCAGGAGAGAGGAGUGAUUUGUCUAGGAGGUCUCUGUGACUGGACGAAAAGGCCCACAUCCACUGCACCCUGCAACAGCCAUCCUUGUUGUCACUGGGCCACUGGGAACUGGGACCUGUGCACUGCUUCCUGUGGAGGGGGCUUUCAGAAGAGGACUGUGCAUUGUGUCUCCUCAGAAGACAACACAACUGAAGACCGAUGCGUGUGUGAUCACGAAGCCAGACCUCCAGAAGUCCAGAAGUGCAGCCUGCAGGCCUGCAAGAAGAGUGCUGAUUUACUUUGCACCAAGGACAAGUUAUCAGCCAGUUUCUGCCAAACACUAAAAACCAUGAAGAAAUGUUCUGUGCCCACUGUGAGGGCUCAGUGCUGCCUUUCAUGUCCCCAGACACACAUCGUCCACACCCAAAGGCCAAGAAAGCCACAGUCGCUCAAAAACCCCAAAGCAUUCUAGUCCAGAAGGAAGCCACCCUCCACCACAGACUGCAGCAACCUGCUGAUGGUACACUUUCUAGACCCAGGGACCACUGCACUGAGGUUUUUCAGGCCCAACUUCGGCUCAAAACAAAAUCCGCUGUGUUUUUUAGCCACAAAACAUCCUUGCCAAAGGCGUGGGACUGUGAUAGCUUGCUGUUCCCUGACAGGCAGGUGAGAUAUCCAGGAGAGUCAGGCAUCUCCUGGGAUUGGCUCCCAGGAAAGGUGCCAGAUUAGCUAAGUCAGUGACAUGAUGUCUUUCCCCUCCUUAAAAAUAAAAACAAAGACACCAGGAUUUUCCCAGACUACCUCAGGAGUAUCAAGAAACAGAACCAGACGUAUCCAGGUAACAAAUAAUCUUGUUAAUGUACUUAGGUGAAACCAUCCUUUUUUUCCUUCCUGCUUGGGGAAGCUGUUGUUGAAUACGUCAUGGGAGAGAGCUUUCAGGAACAUUCCUUUACUUCACCCAGGCAGAGGACCACUUUGUUCAGCCAGUACUCACCGGAGUCAGGGAGAGAAAGUGCUGGCUAUAUCACUCCGUCUACAUCACUGUAGACUCCAUAUCUGGGCUGUUUAGACUCCCUUGCGUGCCUGGAGAUAUAAGAAGAAGAGAAAAUGGGCAGCAACUAUAAGAUUUGUAAAGGUAAAAGAUUUAGCUUAAUUAUACAGAAGACAUUUCUGACUGAAGGAUAAUUUCUAUGAAAACUCUUAAAAAGCAGACGAGCAGAAAUCAGAUUCUUGCUAGUAUAAGAAAAGAAACAUGGAUCUUUAUUCUUCCCCCUUUCCUGGCAAAUACGUUUCCUUUGCAGAAGAGUAGAUGAGUCUUCCUGUCUGAUGUUUCCUCUGUAGCACAUUCCCUGCCUGAGUCAUCAAUUCAGGUCCAGCUGUGUUUCCACUGCUGGGGGUUUACACACAACAGCUACUCUAGCCAAGUCUGUGGCUGCAACACACCCCUGCCUACCCCCAGGACAGAAAAUGGUGCUCAAGAUUAAAAUAUCUCAAAGAACCAGGUAAACUGUAUUAAGUACAAGAACUUGGAACGCACCUCUAGUCUUGAGAAAAAAAAAAAAAAAAACAACUCAAAAGUGAGGUUAAGAUGAUCUACUUCCCAGUACACCCAGUAGUUAGUUUUAAGGUCUGUUUCCCGGGAUGGAACAGUCAGGAGAGACCCAAAAAGUGAAAUGAAUGUUGGAAUGCUUAUUCUGGACGUUCUCACCACCAAUCAGGAGGCUGUGGUCUCAAAUACAAGGCAAGUUUCCUGGGUGGGUGGGUGGGUAGGGAGGGCCUCAAAGGGAAGAAGCCCUCAGAACCAGUUCUUGACAGAGCGGGAAGCAGGGAUGUGGACUUCAGGUAAUGGGUAGCACAUUCCAGACUCAUGCAGAGGUAGUGUAGUGUCCCAAAGCUCUGGUGGAUUACCUAUCCGUUCAGCAGAAUGGUGCUAUUGAAUAAUGGUGCUAAUAUCUAGAUGGUGGCAGAACUAAUAUAAACAUAUAGAUAGAUGUACAGGUGGGCGAGUCCAUAUACAUCUACUGAAUGUGUGAUGGUGUUGCUGGCCAAUGCCAGUUCUAUUGCUUGGAUACUAGAAGCUUAAAAUUUUUAUAUUAUGUGCUUUUUCAUUUUCUUUCAAGCCAUUAAUGUCUAUUAUUCUGAUAAAUUCCUGUGGAAAAUAGAACACUGGGGUUGGGAUGAAAUUUAAGAAGGAGCAGAAACAGGAGGAAAACAGAAACAUUUACCUAAAGCCAGGGAGGUUAUUUCUCAGUAAUAAUGGUCUUGUGUUCUCUCUCUUUGAAUGCAAACACUGCUGGUAGAUGACAAUCAUUGGUGAAAUACAUUUUAGAGAGAAGAGGCUUAAAUGGUUAGUGACAGGAGUGGAGGAGAACCUGAUUUUUUCUAAUGAGGCCGUUUGCAGAGACCGUCCCUGAAGUGUAGUGUGGGCUUUCAGGGGGCCGAAUUUAGCAAGCUAGGUUGAUUUAACUUCACCCAGUACUGUACUAUCUAGCAUCAGUUUAUGCAUGCCAUCAGAGACCUGGGUAUGACCAGUCUUCCAGAACUCAGGAACAAACCUGGAUUCCUACUGACCUCAGCAAACUCAACUAGGCCAGAUUUCUCAAUACACGAAAUGGACCAUGUUAUUUAUGACCCACAUGGCAGAGAAGAUGAUAGACAUGUGGGGCGGGUCUGGCCAGAUAUUCCAUUCUAGGCCUUUCUCCAGUUUCUUAAAGGCAGGAAAUGAGCCCCUAAUCAUGUAUCACAGACGUUCACUGCCUGUAUGGAGGCUGUGUCGUGAGAUAGUUGUGUGGUAUCUGUCAGUCUGUACUUCAGGAUAGAGUCAUCUGACACAGUUGCUACCUUGACAGUCACUCAGCUUUGGAUCAUCAGGGUUUUGACAGGUCCCCCUGCUUGCAGUCAUAAAGAGGCCUCAGAUUUAACAGGAAGGCUCUAAAGACGAGAACCUAGAUGGUACCUUCACCAUUCCUUGGAUGUUCACAGGGGACAACAUCAAACAGCAUUGUUGAUUUAUUGAGUGCACGUCCUCCUUUCUUCCCACCUUGAACAGGCAAGUGAGAAAUGUGGCAAGACAUGCUGUAUACACAUCUGCCAUGAGCAAGAGGGGCCACCGCAGGGUCUGGUGCUUAAAUACAGUGAGGUUCUCAAACCCAGUUUGGUUUAUUUCCAUUGUCUUUCAUAGUGAUAGAGUUCACUGUUCUCUGGAAAGUUGUGGGUGAAUUGAAUUCUUGAACAUUGAAACAUAGUUUAACACACCAAGAGAAAAUAUUCCAAGAGACCAGCGAAGACUUUUCAAAAAAAGAAAUAAUUUUGUGGAUACAAACAAUUGCCUCUUCAUGGAAAUGACUUGUUUUACAAUGGGUUUUCCUGGUGCGGUCAUCCCAAUGCGGUGCUUCCAGAUAUUUAAUGAAUGUUGACUUCAUCAAGUUUCUGAAACCAAUGUGAGAGAUUUAUGCUGUUUCAGACUAUAAUUUCCCAAUCAAUUGGCUGAAAUCCUUCAAAUUCUAAAAUCUACACCCUGCUACCCCAGAGACUGCCAAUCUUAGCUCUUCUCCCUCUGACUUUAAGAUGAAGUCCUGGGACAGUGUAUUUGCUGCUCGGUGCACAGUGAUUCACUCUCGGGGAGAGACCACAUGACGUGAACUGCCUGGUGCUACAACUUAGCCAACAUAUUUGAUGCUACUCCUAUUUUGUUGUAUUGAAAAUUCAAAUAUUGUUAGUGUUAGCAUUAUUUUAAGUUAUGUCAUUAAAAAAAUCAUUGGCAAAGCACAGUUCUACCCAUGACUGUCCUCCACAGUGGUUGUAUGAUGUAUAUGGCCCAACCCAUGUGCUCUCCCUGCAUCUCUAUGCUACGCUGUUUUGCCAGGCCCAGCCUCCUUUAGGGAUACCUUGGUGGGUACCUCAGUAUUUAAAGCCAGAGUGUAAUCAUAGCCUGCUAUCGUGUAGCAUUAAUAAAAUCGCUAAACUCA